CCUUUCAUACUUGGUGUAGAGCAGUGAGUUAACCCUGUAGGCGUGUUUCCGAGUUACGACUGACCAUGGACCAGCCUCCGUUUCCGAGUCGUACAUAACCCUCGCUUUUUGAAGUGCACAUUCGACGCUAGGAUGUUCAACUUGUCCACGCUGUUUCUUGCCGUUGUUGUCAGCGCACUAGUCGCUGCGAACGUGGUUGUCGCCGCUCCCAUACCUGACAAAGGCUACACCGACGCGCUCGUGGAUCGCCACUGGCAUUUUCCAGGAACAGGAGGAACCAUACAAUUCGGGAUGCCUGUUGUUGACGAUAUAUCCUCUGAGCGCCACGGUUUGGAGGCCUAUGAUCUGCAGUUUGGCGUAGCGGGAGAGGCAGCGAUCGAUUCGCCGCCAUCGCAAGUCACCGCGUGUCCCGAAAGCAGCCCGGGUAGCAUUCUAGUCGAGUCGUAGCGGACAAUCGUGUUAUUGAGAUCGCGAAGCAUCUUUCACGCGCCUUGUCAGCUCAGAGUGCGAGGCCAAAUAUGUCUGCGAAACAUCAGGUACUCACCUGGUGUACUACAUGUGUCCUGUCACCGCCCUUGAGCCAUCGAGCCAAACUGGAAUUUGGAUGACGCGAGGCCGUAUUCAGUGACAUAGUAUCAGGCUUGGGCAGCUCGAAACACACUUAGCACCUCGCUCGUCUUACCACCCACUGCGCCUGGCAAGCAUAUGCAGCCGGGCUGUACCUAUAUAGUAGAAUAACAGCCUGGCUAUGUCUCGAUGUUAUGCACUAUUAGCGUCCGAGUCGAACGUGGGCAAGAGAAUGC